AAGGGAAUGAGGAUGGAAAGGAACACUUUGAUGAGGAGGACUGUGAUGAAGAGGAGGGAGUAGUAGGAGAGGAGGAUGAGGUCAGUGGCGAUAAGGAGGAGGAAGACCUUGGCAUUGAUGAUGAGGACAACGAUGAAGAUGAAGUCAAGGCUGUCCAAGGAGAGAAGAGAAAGCGAGAGCCUGACGACGACGAUUAAGAGCAAAAACCGAAAGCAUAGAGUUACCAACCCCUUCCCUCUCCAAUAAUAGUUACAUAGGAUGAGCCUUGACUAGAAUACAGGAUAUACAUAUGAAGUGGGUAAAACCGUAUGUAAACAUUAUUAAAGUGACCAGUGUUCAAAGACUAUGUAUAUACGGCAGAAGUCUCUAAGGUGCAGGGUUGAGUACGUACCGGGUGGUAGCCGGCUAGUAACAGUGACUAAGUUCAGGGCAGGGUACU